ACCCGCCACAACAUGCUGCGGCACCAGCUAAUCCGGUCGCUGAAGCGGCCUGCGACGUCCGCAGGCCUCAAUGGCAGCCGGGCCUUUACUGCCUCUGCCCGCACGCCCGCAGAGGUCGAGCUCACCAUCGAUGGAAAGAAGGUGUCAAUCGAGGCCGGCUCGGCCCUCAUCCAGGCGUGCGAGAAAGCCGGGGCCACCAUCCCGAGAUACUGCUACCACGAGAAGUUGAUGAUUGCCGGAAACUGCCGCAUGUGUCUGGUGGAGGUGGAGCGGGCUCCCAAACCGGUGGCGUCGUGCGCAUGGCCGGUGCAACCGGGCAUGUCGGUCAAGACGGAUUCGCCCCUCGUCCACAAGGCGCGAGAGGGCGUCAUGGAGUUCCUGCUCGCUAACCAUCCGCUGGACUGCCCUAUCUGCGACCAGGGAGGCGAGUGCGACUUGCAGGACCAGUCGAUGCGAUACGGAGCCGACCGCGGACGGUUCCACGAGAUUGGAGGCAAGCGUGCGGUUGAGGACAAGAACAUUGGGCCCUUGGUCAAGACCUCGAUGAACAGGUGUAUCCACUGCACACGAUGCGUCCGAUUCGCCAACGACAUUGCGGGUGCUCCGGAGAUGGGCUCAACAGGCCGCGGCAACGAUCUCCAGAUUGGUACCUACCUGGAAACUGCCCUGGACACCGAGUUGUCGGGAAAUGUCAUCGAUCUUUGCCCCGUUGGCGCGCUUACCUCGAAACCGUACGCUUUCAAAGCUCGACCGUGGGAGUUGUAUCACACCGAAACCAUCGACGUACUCAACGGACUAGGGUCGAACAUUCGGGUGGACGCCCGUGGUAUCCAGGUAAUGCGUAUCUUGCCACGGCUCAACGACGACAUCAACGAGGAAUGGAUCGACGAUAAGACCCGUUUCGCCUGCGAUGCGCUCAGCACACAGCGACUGGUGAACCCGCUCAUUCGCGUCGACGACCAGUUCCAGCCCGCUUCGUGGGAGCAGGCCCUUGUAGAGAUCGGUAACGCAUACAAGAGGAUAGCACCGAAGGGCAAUGAGUUCAAAGCUGUUGCUGGGCACUUGGUCGAGACCGAGACCUUGGUUGCGAUGAAGGACCUCGCCAACAAGCUCGGAUCGGACAACCUGGCUCUGGAUCAGCCUGGCGGUAGCGGGCCCAUUGCUCAUGGCAUCGACGUGCGAUCCAACUACUCCUUCAACUCGAAGAUCUAUGGCGUUGAGGAGGCAGAUGCUAUCCUUCUUAUCGGCACCAACCCUCGGCAUGAAGCCGCCGUGCUCAACGCCCGAAUCAGGAAGCAAUGGCUGAGGUCUGACCUCACAAUUGGUCUUGUGGGUGAAGACUUUGAGAGUACGUUCGAAUAUGAGAAACUUGGAGCAUCUGCGACCGAUCUUAAGGGUGCUCUUUCCGGAGCAUUCGGAAAGAAGCUGCAGUCUGCGAAGAAGCCGAUGAUCAUCGUUGGUAGCGGAGUCACAGAGCACCCUGCUGCCAAGUCAAUCUACGAGCAGGUCGGCACUUUCGUAGAGAAGCACAAGGCAAACUUCCAGACCGCAGAGUGGAACGGCUACAACAUCCUCCAGCGGACCGCUUCCCGAACAGGUGCCUACGACGUUGGUUUCACGGUGCCAUCCCUGGAGGUGGCGCAGACCACUCCGAAGUUCAUCUGGCUCCUUGGAGCUGACGAAAUCAACGAAGCUGAGCUGCCCAAGGAUGCUUUCAUCGUCUACCAAGGCCACCACGGUGACCGAGGCGCACAGCUUGCCGACGUUGUCCUCCCAGGUGCCGCAUAUACCGAGAAGUCAUCCACAUACGUGAACACCGAGGGUCGAGUGCAGAUGAGCCGCAACGCCGUCGGCCUACCUGGUGCGGCAAGAGAGGACUGGAAGAUUAUUCGAGCAGCGUCAGAGUAUCUUGGCGCUGAGCUGCCAUACGAUGAUGUCGAGGCGCUUAGAGAUCGUAUGGAGGAUAUCUCGCCUGCACUUAGAAGAUACGACGUCGUCGAACCAGUGUCAUUACCUGGCUUGAGCAAGGUGCAGCUGGUGGAUCAGAACAAGGGAGCGAAGGCGAGUGGCGAGCCGCUGAAACUGCCGAUUGAGAACUUUUUCUUCACAGAUUCGAUUUCGAGAAAUUCGCCAACAAUGGCUCGUUGCUCAGCCGCCAAGGCGCAGAAGAAUCCAGAGACGAACUUCAUGGCGCCGGGUGAGCCUCACCCACAGGUCGGGUACGGCCCUCAGUCAGCUGCUAUGACUGUGUGAGGC